AAUAAAUGCACAAUUUAGGGAAUAGGGUUCCAUUUGGGAUGCAGUCACACUCACACGAGGACCUUUUUAACCCUUUUGCCUCAAUAAGCCUCACACUACUCAGAAGCGAUAUCAUUUUUUUGUAGGUCACACACAAAAUAAUGUGUGUGAUGCCAUUUCUAUGAACAGAUUAAAAAGAACUAGGCUUCUCGCAACAAUUAAAUGGUCUUUCCAGAAAACAAGCGUAACUUGUACCUUUUUGUUGUUGCAUGAGGACAAACUGAAGUAAUUUUGAAGGUUGUUGACCUGCCUUCAAUGAAAGCAUUGCUACAUGUACUCUAAAAUAUGGGUUAACUUUAAUGUGAUCUUCAUGAUGACAUAAGCUACCACAUUUUUGCUUUGCAAUAGACACACAAUCUGAUGUAUGUUUUUGCCAGAUACUUCUGUAGGUGUGGGGUUAAUGGCCUGUUAAACAACAGUCCAAGGCUUCUGAUUUUAAAAUGUAUUUGAUGUCAUACACUUAUUUAUUGAGAAGCAAUAGAGCUAGUAAAGGGGUAUGUCUGUUAAGAAAAGCAACAUGACCAUCAAUAAGAUGGUAAUCUUAUUGAUGAUGGAUGAUAUCAUCAUUUAGCUAAAUGCUCACCUCUGACCUAAUCUGUUCCAUUAUAUGGUCAGAGACUAAACUGGUUUAAUAAAAAAAAAAUGUAAUCUGCAGUUUGUUUUUGACCUUGUGCUUGGCUACAGUAGCGCAAGCAGCUUAUCUAGUAUAGUUGCAGACUUUAGUUGCUAGGUUCUCCUACUCAGUAACCUACUUAUUGUGUUCAUAGAGGGGACAUAUUGGACGGACAAGCUGAGAUACCUGGACAGAGCCUCUGCAGACAGACGGAGGCUUAAGCAGGGGAUGACAACAGGCAUACUCAGCCAGUUUAACCACAGAUGACCAGUCUACAGUUUAGAGUUAGUUGUAAGUAUUUUUGGUUUAACACAGGACUACCAGGACAGGAGACAAUCGGAGACCUAAGAGGGUGAUAUGAUAGAGAACAAUUGGGGGACUUGAUUUAGUUGGGACAGACGGCUACGAAGGAUGGAGGUACUGAAGGGAAGGCUGAGGGUGAGGAAUAUGCUGUUUAGGGAGUUAAUGGCUGAGACCUUGGCUACGUUCGUCCUUAUGAUGUUUGGCUGUGCGGCGAUGGCCCAGGUGAAGUUGAGUCGAGGGACCAAGGGCGAGUACCUCUCUGUCAAUAUGGCCUUCUCAGUGGGUGUCAUGAGUGCCAUGUACCUUGCCAGGGGCGUCUCCGGAGCCCACCUGAACCCAGCUGUCUCCCUCAGUUGCUGUGUGCUGGGGAGGCUGCCUUGGUCUAAACUGCUGCCCUACUGCCUGUCUCAGGUUCUGGGGGCCUAUAUAGCUGCUGCUGUGGUCUUCCUCAUGUACUAUGAUGCUAUUAUGGACUACAGCGGUGGCGUCCUGACUGUAUACGGCCCAAAUGAAACAGCCUCCAUCUUUGCUACCUACCCAUCCGACUACCUUUCUCUAGGGGGCAGCUUCUUUGACCAGAUGGUGGGCACAGGCAUGAUCAUGCUGUGCUUUCUACCCCUGGAUGACUGGCGGAACAAGCCUGCAUCCGCUGACCUGGUGCCCCCCCUCACUGCCGUGGUUCUCAUGGGUAUCUCCCAGUCCAUGUCCUCAAACUGUGGGGGAGGGAUCAACCCUGCCCGGGACCUGGGGCCACGCCUCUUCACCCUGACUGCAGGAUGGGGUACAGAGGUCUUCACGUGCUAUAACUACUGGUUUUGGGUCCCCAUCGUGGCCCCAAUGGUGGGGGCAGUGCUCGGCUCUGGGCUCUACCUGGUCUUCGUCCAAUGGCACUUACCAGACUCUGAGAUAAAUGAAACCAAUGACCUGCAGUUCAAGACAAUGGAUAUAAAGACUGUGAAAAAGCUGGAAAUCAUCAAAAACAACAAUGCUGUGGAGAUGGCCCACAAGGUCUAGUUGGCAUAACCUUGUCUCCAGGCUCAAUUGCUACACAGAGAGAGCCGGCUGGGUGGAUGAGAUUAUAGUUGGUGGUACAGAUGGAAGGAAAUACUAGUUUAAUCUAUUCUUAUAGCCUUUUUAUCAGAGCAAAGUAACCAUCUGUAUCUUGACAAAAUAAUUGAUACAUUAUCAAAUAGUGGUUGUACUGUUCUCUCAAAAGGUGCUCACCUGAACCAUGCAGUGUCUCUCAGCCUCUGCUUUCUGGGCAGGCAUCCUUGGACACGCCUACCUUUCUACGUCUUCUUCCAGAUACUGGGGGCCUUUAUGGCUGCUGCCACCGUAGGCCUGCAUUACUAUGGUAAGGGAAUAAGGACAAAAUGUAGUAUCAAAAUCUACAAUACUAGAAUCCAGUGGUGGAAAAAGUAAAGAUUCCUUAAUAGAAAAUUACUCAAGUAAAAGUGAAAGUCACCCAGUAAAAUAAUCCUUGAGUAAAAGUAUAAAAGAUUUUGGUUUUAAAUAUACUUAAGCAUCAAAAGUAAAUUGUAAUAGCUGAGUAUCAAAAGUAAAAGUAUAAAUCAUUUCACAUUCCUUAUUACGCAAACUAGACGGCACCAUUUUCUUG